UGAUUUGGAUUAUAUAUAUACAUCAUCGUGAUGGAUUAGAAACUUAGUAAAUAAAAUGUGGGAGUUGGAUUGAAUUUGAAACUUAUCAACAGAGUGUGUCUGUGUUGAAUGAAAAUGACGGGUCGGCAAUAGAAGUUGGAGUGGAGGAUAUUGAAAGUUAGCAACUGCGGCAGCACGAGAGAGAGAGAGAGACUAUUUUCAACCAGUGCAUGAUCACAUACACACAAAAGAAGCAAAGCAAACUAGUGGUGAUUCACGCUCCACAUCCACUACUUACAAGUUAAAUAUAUAUAUAUUGUGGAAAGCAAUUAAGGAGAAUGAUGGUGCAUGAAUUGGGGGACAUUGACAAGUACAGUUGAUGGUUCCCCAGAAUAUGCAGCAGCUAGCUUAGUGGUGGUUGGGGGUACAUCAUACAUAUAUAUACACAUAUAUAUGUGGUUUCAAAUGAGAUACAAAUUACUUGGGGACACUAGAGCUAUUACCUAUCUAUCUUUAACCUUUAUCAAGGAUGGAUGGAUGGAUGGAUGGAUCGAUGAUAAUCGAUCAUGGUGGGGGCUGAGGGCAAGUACCUUUUCUGAAUUUUGUGGCAGGUGGGCCAGCCCACUACAGCAAAGUCAACUCGGCUGAGAAGACAAGCAGCAACAAAGAUGGUUCUGGACAUUAUAAAUACCGAGCCAUAAUCCACUUGACAGUUUGUCUCAAAAUCAGUAAAGAAAGGUACUACCUCCUUUUCUCGAUUAACAAACUCUCUGUAGAUAGAUAGCAGAUCACUAGCUUUUGCGCUUUGGGGUUUGUCUUAGGUGUAUAGAGAGAGAGCAGAGAGACAUAAACAAAUACUUAUAUAUAAAUGGAUAGGGAAGGGACAAGGUCAGAGGAUACUAUCCUCCGAGGAUCAUCAGAACCUGAUAUUCACAUGUCUGUUGAUUGGAGAGGGAGACCUUGCAAACCUACCAAACAUGGUGGAAUGACUGCUGCUCUUUUCGUAUUAGGACUUGAAGCGUUUGAGAUGAUGGCGAUUGCUGGUGUUGGAAAUAACUUAAUAACCUAUGUGUUCAAUGAGAUGCAUUUUUCUCUGUCAAAAUCGGCAAACACAGUCACAAAUUUUGUGGGGACUGUUUUUCUGCUGUCCCUAUUGGGUGGAUUCCUCUCUGAUUCUUAUCUGGGGAGCUUCUGGACAAUGCUCAUCUUCGGAUUUGUGGAGCUCUCUGGAUUCAUUUUGCUGUCAGUUCAAGCACAUGUUGGGGAACUGCGGCCUGCAAAGUGCAAUGUGAGCAUUGGUGUUGUUUGUGAGGAAGCAGAAGGGUACAAGGCGUGGAUAUUCUACGGGGCCCUUUACUUGGUGGCUUUGGGGAGUGGCUGUAUGAAGCCCAACAUAAUCUCUCAUGGAGCAGAUCAGUUUGACGUGAAGCAAUCAAAGAAGCUGUCCACUUUCUUCAACUGCGCUUAUUUCUCAUUCUGCAGUGGUGAGCUUGUGGCGCUCACUCUUCUCGUAUGGGUUCAAACUCAUUCUGGAAUGGAUCUUGGCUUUGGAGUCUCCGCCGCUGCCAUGGCUGUUGGCUUAAUUUGCUUGAUAUCUGGAUCAAUCGUUUACAGAAACAGCCCACCCCGUGGAAGUAUUUUCACACCAAUUGCUCAGGUUUUUGUAGCAGCAAUCUCAAAGAGAAAGCAAAUAUGCCCCUCAAAUUCUGAGAUGCUGCACGUUACAAACGCAACAUCUGGGACCAAUACGAUGAUAUCUAACAACGUGACUCUCAUUCACACUGAAAAGUUCAAGUUCCUUGACAAAGCCUGCAUCAAAAUCCAAAACAAUGGGAUGACGAGGGAAAGUCCGUGGAGGCUGUGCAGUGUGUCACAAGUGGAGCAAGUAAAAGUGCUGUUAUCCGUAGUACCAAUAUUUGCGUGCACCAUCUUGUUCAACACAAUAUUAGCUCAGCUUCAAACAUUCUCAGUCCAACAGGGGACUUACAUGAACACUCAUCUGACUCGUGAUUUCCAAAUCCCUCCAGCCUCUCUCCAGGCCAUACCAUACAUGAUGCUCAUCUUUGUGGUUCCCCUUUACGAGACUGCUUUUGUUCCACUAGCAAGGAGAUUCACCCAAAGGGAUUCGGGGAUCUCUUCUCUCCAAAGAGUUGGGACCGGCCUUUUUAUAGCCACUUUCUCCAUGGUUGCUGCAGCUAUUGUGGAGCACAAGAGAAGAAACUCGGAUAAAAUGCUGUCCAUAUUCUGGAUAGCUCCGCAGUUUCUGAUAUUUGGAGUCUCGGAGAUGUUCACAGCGGUGGGACUGAUAGAGUUUUUCUACAAGCAGUCAAUACAGGGGAUGCAAUCUUUCCUAACAGCCAUGACCUACUGUUCAUAUUCAUUUGGAUUUUAUCUGAGCUCCCUUUUGGUGUCCUUUGUGAACAAAGUUACUACUUCAACUUCAACUUCAACUUCUACUUCUGGAGGAGGAGGAGGUUGGCUGAGUGACAAUGACCUGAAUAAAGAUAGGCUUGACCUCUUUUAUUGGUUGCUAUCUGCACUCAGCCUCGUCAACUUCUUCAAUUACCUUUUCUGGUCCAAAUGGUAUUCUUGCAAUCCAUCUCUAUCGCAUUCUCCAUCACCAAUUACCGAGCCUCGUCAAUUGGUACUGGACGACCUAGAGAAACAAACUUCCAUCACUAUAAUCAACUACAAUACCAACCGUUAGUGCAGAAAAUAAUAAUGUGACUAUAUAUUGCUGACUAGUUUAUGUACCUGAAAAGAAUUAGAAAUAUAUAAUAUGGAUGGUAUUGUAAUCACUUAGUGCACCUACUAGCUAGCUUGACAACUUUAUAUGCCUUUAUAUUUUAUUUUUCGUGAAAUUAAUUGGACUUGCAACAAUUUUUAUAGAGGAAAGUUAGGUCUGAAACCAUCAUUAAUCAGAUUCAUUAAUGAAGCUUUAUUUGUGAUGUUC